CGUCCCUGAAUCUGAUUGGUCGAGUAUCUCCCCUGGUUGGCAUCGUCUCUCCAUGUACAGUCCAGGUGGCUGGGACCCGGCUGAGCAACUAGAACCGAAGAAGGGGAGGAGGGACGAGGCACCCGGGGGGCGGCACAGUCCGGGGAUCCAGGGCCUGCUACGGUCUGGACGGAGAACACUAGGCAGUGCUAAUGGAUAUUUGUCUUCAGCUUGAAGGCCACCGGUAAUGGUUGACAGGAGCGGUAUUUCAGUAUUUCUUGGAUGUAACAACCAUGCGCCUGAAGAAGGAACCUUCUCACUCCUUCCACCCCCCGACUACGAUCCAUUCAUCUCGGGGAAGCCAUGUUUACACAUUUACCAAUGGGUCAGCAGACCUCGACAGCUUUUCAGAAGACGAACUUGACGUUACAGAGCUGCGAGCGAGAGGAGGGGAGCUACACAGACAGACUCCAUCAAGGGAAAGAGUCGGGGACAUCGUUCUGUUGGAACAUAACCUUACAGAGAAUGACAACCUUAACAAACUGGCACUGCAGUAUGGCUGCAAGGUAGCCGAUAUUAAGAGGAUAAACAACUUCUUGACAGAGCAGGAUAUGUACGCCUUAAAGACCAUUAAGAUUCCGGUCAAGGUUCAUAGCGUUUUGACAGAGCGGUACGAGGAGGCCAGCGCACAAGGCCCAUCAGAAGAUUCUAUAGACGUUGUGGUUGAGUCUGGCGAUGAGGCAUCAGUCACUGUGACGGAAAACAGAGAUAUAACUCAGUACUUCCGGGAAAUAGACCAGAACAUUGAAGCUGCAGCUCAGAACCAGGAGCUGUUCAGUGAAUCAUUAGAUCUCGGUACAAGCAGCCAUCAGCUCUCCUCCAUCCUCGCACACAAAGACCCCAGUCUAGGAGCAGACUGGGGCAUACGAUGGUGGAAUGCAGUUUUUAUUAUGCUUUUAAUUGGAAUAGUGCUGCCAGUAUUUUAUAUCCUUUACUAUGAAACAUGGAAAGGCCAAGAACAAUUACACUCUGCCAGUGCCGCAGUCUCCGCUAUGCCAAACACAAGCAGAGAUCUGGCAGGACAAAUUCCAAGACCCUUACAUUAUGCUCAAAGACCUUUUGAUACAGGAGGCUAAGAUGGGAAAGAACGUUUAGAGCUAACUUGUCACUGCAUCCUGCCUUUAUGUAAACCAGUAUAUUAACUCUACAGUGCUGCUUGGUGAGGUUUACCAUUGACUACCCCAGGAGCAUUCAUUGUAGGUGUUUUAGAAGAUCAACACUGGGCUCGCCUCCUAUACCUUUAAU